AUGGGUCUGCUCCUGCCCCUGGUGCUCUGUGCCCUGGCUGUGGGCUCUGGGGCUACAUCUUCACCCCAGCAAGUCCUCAACCCAUCACAUUUACUCUCCCAUGACUGCAAUAACUCAUAUGUGCUGUCGUUUGCUGAUAUCACCUUGGAGCACAUCAACAAGGACCGCAAGGAUGGCUACGUGCUGAGUCUCAACCGAGCGAGCGAUGUCCGUGAAUACAGGGAGGGUGCAAAGAUCUCUACGUACUAUUUCACCCUGGAUGUGCUAGAGACUGGCUGUCACGUGCUCAGCAAGAAGCCGUGGAAGAAAUGUGAGGGGAGACUACUGCAUGAAUCAGUUUAUGGUCAAUGCAAAUCAUUGCUUUAUAUACACAGGACAGCAAGAAUUCUCUAUACACUUUCUUAUAACUGUACUCUUCGCCCAGUUUCUCGAAGAAGGAUUCAACAACUCUGCCCCGAAUGCCCCAGCCCCAUUGACGUAUCAGAUCCCAAGGUUUUGGAAGCCGCCACUGAGUCUCUUGCAAAAUACAACCGUGAGAGCACCUUGAAGCAAUAUUCUCUGGUCAAAGUCACCAGGGCUUCUAGCCAGUGGGCGUUUGGGCCUUCAUACUUUGUGGAAUAUUUAAUCAAAGAGGCACGUUGUACCAAAUUCCAGUUCAGCUGCAUAUUUCAGUCUCCUGCCUCAGAGCCUGUUGGUCUUUGCAAAGGUUCACUGAGCCGAAAUAGAAUAAAAACUUUUGUCUCUGUGACUUGUAACUUCUUUGAAUCACAGGGUCCUGCUUUUGGUGAUGAAAAUUCUGCUGUUGACCAAGGCUCUGCACACCUGCCCAAGGUGGAAGAUUCCCAGCAGAAAAAGGCAGGACCCACUUAUGCUCCACCCAUAGCCACAACUGGGCCAAAAGGAUCUGUCCAAUACCUCCCUGACCUAGAUGAUGACAAGUCCCAAAGUUCCCGGGAAUCCUUCCCUGUGCAUCUGGAUCUAACCACGAAUCCCCAGGGAGAGGACCUGGAUAUCUCCUUCCUCUUCAGUGUGCCUUGGAGGGAGACCAUGAUGGUGCUGCCUUUCCCCUCCAAAGAACAUCGCUCAGCUGAGUGCCCAGGACCAGCCAAGGAGCCCAACCCUCUUGUUCUUCCUCCAUGAGAACCACAUCGAGGACCCUGUGGUCAUCUGGUGGUCAACGGAGAUGAGAGGUGGUGGGAAAA